GUGCAACCUGCCACAUCGAGAAUGCGGCGAAGCUUGUGCGUCUUGGCCCGCAAGGCGCCAUCCAUCGGGCCAAGCAUGGCAAUGGCAGAUACAUCAGUGCCCAAGAAGGCAAAUACGGUGACGCGCUCGGCUAUCCCGCCCAAGGAGUCCAAGGUCGCUGCCAAGCGCCUGGCCAAGGAAGCGGCGGUUGCCAGCGACCGCGCGCAGAGCCUCGCAACGCUCCAGGCUCGUCGAGAAGCAACAAUGCACACGAACAAGCUUCUUGGCGCGCACGUUUCUAGCGCAGGUGGCUUGGAGAACGCGGUCUUUAACGCAGCAAAGAUCGGUGCCCGGGCAUUCGCACUCUUCACGCGGUCCCAGCGCACGUGGGCAUGCAAACCACUGGAGCCGGCAACGAUUGACGCGUUUAAACAAGCGAUGCGCGACUUUGGCUACGCUCCGGGCGAUGUCGUGCCACACGGAAGCUACCUCCUCAACUGCGGAUCGCCCGACGACGCGACGCUCGCAAAGAGCCGCGCGGGGCUCCUCGAUGAAGUCUUGCGCUGUGAGCAACUCGGUCUCUCGCUCUACAACUUCCAUCCGGGCUCGACGCGCGGCGCCAUCUCGAUCGACGCGUGCUUGGACCGGAUCGCCGAGAGUAUUGCGGGCGUCUUGCAGGCGACGUCUCGCGUGACCAUCUUGGUUGAAAACAUGAGCUGCCAAGGCUCGACGAUUGGUGGCCACUUUUCCGAGCUGCGCGGCAUCCUCGACCGUAUUCCAGCGCAGCACGCCGACCGCAUUGGCGUGUGCUUGGACACGUGCCACGCCUUUGCCGCGGGUUGGGACAUCAAAGACGCGUACGAGGCGACAAUGACGACGUUCGACGAGACGGUCGGCUUGCAGUACCUCAAGGCGCUGCACCUCAACGACUCGAAAGGCGUGCUUGGCUGCCACGCCGACCGCCACGAAGCCAUUGGCAAGGGCCACAUUGGACUCGGCGCCUUUGAGCUGCUUAUGAACGAUCCGCGCUUCAACGAUGUUCCGAUGAUCCUCGAGACGCCGGUCGUUGAUGACGAGGCGUAUGCAGCCGAGAUUGCACUUUUGUAUAACCUUUGCAAACGAUAAUUGUGUCGCUGUAUCUACCGUACGCUUGGCGGCGAC